GUGUCUCUCAUGUCCUUCCUCCAUCAACAGUACUGCAAUGUCAAUCUUCAACCUUCUGUUGAUCUUCCUUCUUCCAAUCUUCAUCAUACUUUUUCUUAAAGAAAGAAGGGGGGUAUCUCAAAAGCUUCCUCCUGGUUCUCUAGGCAUCCCCAUCAUAGGCCAAAGCUUCAGCUUCUUACAUGCUCUGAGAAAAAACACAGGUGAAAAAUGGCUUCAAAGUAGAAUUCAGAAGUAUGGGGCAGUGUCCAAGCUCAGCCUCUUUGGGACUCCUACUGUUCUUCUCAGUGGGGCAGCUUCAAACAAGUUCAUAUUCACUAAUGAUGGGGUGAUUCUGGCGAACCAGCAACCUCAGCCUAUUAGAAGGAUAUUGGGGGAUAAGAAUUUGACAGAGUUGAGAGGUGAAGAUCACAGAAGAGUAAGGGGUGCAAUUGGGAUGUUCUUGAAGCCUGAAUCCUUGAAGAAGUAUGUUGGGAAGAUUGAUAGAGUGGUUAGGCAACAUCUUGACAUGAAUUGGAAGGGCCACCAAACAGUCAAGGUUUAUCCGAUGAUGAAGCAGCUCAUGUUUGAUAUCAUAUGCUCUCUUCUAUUUGGUCUAGAACAAGGGAAGGAUAGGGAGAUGCUAAUUCAUGAUUUUCACCUCUUCACACAAGGCCUAUGGUCUGUACCAAUAAAUCUGCCAUUCACUCGGUUCAGUAAUGGCCUAAAAGCAAGCAGAAGGAUCAGAAGAGUGGUUAGUGAGCUCAUACACGAGAAGAGAUCAGCAAUGGAGCUAGGGCAAGCUUCCCCACAGGAUGAUUUCAUCACUUGCAUGCUCAACAUCCAGCACCAAAGCAGUCCAGAUGAGACGAGCACAAUGACCGAAGAAGAGAUUUUGGAUAAUGCUAUUGUUGUCAUGUUUGCUGGACAUGAGACUUCAACAAGCCUUUUAACUUUCCUGCUAUGGUUCCUAGCGAAAGACCCGGUCGCUUAUGAUGCUAUUGUCCAUGAACAUGAAGAAAUAGCAAAGACCAAAGUUUCUGGAGAGCUUCUCAAUUGGGAUGAUCUUGCUAAGAUGAAACACACAUGGAAAGCAGCAAUGGAGACUAUGAGAAUCAUCCCUCCCGUAUUUGGUGGUUUCAGGAAAGUCCUCAAAGAUUUUGAGUAUGGUGGCUACUUGAUUCCUAAAGGGUGGCAAGUGUUCUGGGCUACAAGUCCAACCCAUAUGGAUGAUCAAAUCUUUAUAGAUCAAUGGAAGUUCAACCCGGCUCGAUUCGAUAACCAAACAUCAAUCCCACCUUACAAUUUUGUUCCAUUUGGAGGAGGAAUGAGGAUUUGUCCAGGAAAUGAGUUUGUGAGGAUUGAAUCCUUAAUCUCAAUUCACUAUUUAAUCACCCAAUUUAGAUGGAAACUACCCAACAGUGAGGAUGUUAUCACUAGGGAUCCAAUGCCAAUGCCUCAACAAGGACUAUUAGUCUAUCUUGAGCCAAAGAUUGCACCAUAGAUAGAUGUAAUUUCAAGAUCUAUAUACAUUGUUUUUAGUCAUUGCAAUGUUGUAAUCUUCGCACCAUUUUGUUUUUAAAAAUAAAGUGAAAACAUUUACCUUC